CACCAACACCAACACCAACACCAACACCAACACCAGCCGACCACCACUCACUCCCUAAACCCAAACCCAACCAAGCGCCGCACGCUUUUUCUCAAAACAAUGGCUUCCUCUUCCUUACUCCACCCUUCUCUCUCCUCCCUCUCCCCAAAACGCACCGUUUUAUACCCAACGCCCACCCCCAAACGCUCACUCUCCGUAACCUGCACCUCCUCCACAUUCGAUCCCACCUCCGCCGCCGCCAACAACAACUCCCUUCCAGCUCAGCCGCCGCCUCUCCGUACCCGCGCCGCCGAUGAGAACAUUCGCGACGAGGCCCGGCGCCACCGCCCCACACCACACAACUUCUCAGCCAAGUACGUCCCCUUCAACUCGGUCGCCGGCGCCGCCUCGCCGGAGUCGUACUCGCUCGACGAGAUCGUCUACCGCAGCCGCUCCGGCGGCCUGCUCGACGUCCAGCACGACAUGGACGCCCUCGCCAAGUUCGACGGAGCGUACUGGCGCCGCCUCUUCGACUCGCGCGUCGGCCGCACCACCUGGCCCUACGGCUCCGGCGUCUGGAGCAAGAAGGAGUGGGUCCUCCCGGAGAUCGACGACGACGACAUCGUCAGCGCCUUCGAGGGAAACUCCAACCUCUACUGGGCCGAGCGCUUCGGCAAGCAGUUCCUCGGCAUGAACGAUCUCUGGGUCAAGCACUGCGGGAUUUCCCACACCGGAAGCUUCAAAGACCUAGGCAUGACCGUCCUCAUCAGCCAGGUCAAUCGUCUCCGCAAGCUCAAACGACCUGUCGUCGGAGUCGGCUGCGCCUCCACAGGCGACACGUCGGCGGCUCUAUCUGCCUACUGUGCCUCCGCAGGUAUCCCGUCUAUAGUGUUUCUGCCGGCGAAUAAGAUCUCCAUGGCGCAAUUGGUCCAGCCGAUUGCGAACGGGGCUUUCGUGCUGAGCAUUGACACUGACUUCGACGGCUGUAUGAAGCUGAUUAGGGAAGUCACGGCGGAAUUGCCGAUUUACUUGGCCAAUUCGCUCAACAGUUUGAGGCUGGAGGGGCAGAAGACGGCGGCGAUUGAGAUAUUGCAGCAGUUUGAUUGGGAAGUUCCGGAUUGGGUCAUUGUUCCGGGUGGGAAUUUGGGGAAUAUUUACGCGUUUUACAAGGGGUUUAAAAUGUGCCAGGAAUUGGGGCUGGUGGAUAGGGUUCCGAGGCUUGUUUGUGCUCAGGCGGCCAAUGCCAACCCGCUCUACUUGUAUUACAAGUCAGGGUGGAAGGAUUUCAAGGCGGUGAGGGCCAACACCACGUUUGCUUCGGCUAUACAGAUUGGUGACCCUGUUUCGAUUGAUAGAGCUGUGUAUGCUCUCAAGAAUUGCAAUGGGAUUGUGGAGGAAGCUACUGAGGAGGAGCUGAUGGAUGCAAUGGCGCAAGCUGAUUCUACCGGGAUGUUUAUAUGCCCUCACACGGGGGUGGCUCUAACGGCAUUGAAGAAGCUUAGGAAGAGCGGGGUUAUUGGGGCUGGUGAUCGGACCGUGGUGGUUAGCACUGCCCAUGGUUUGAAGUUUACACAGUCCAAGGUUGAUUAUCACUCCAAGGCCAUACCGGAGAUGGCUUGCCGGUUUGCCAAUCCACCCACGGAGGUCAAGGCGGAGUUUGGGGCAGUCAUGGAUGUUCUUCAGGAGUUUUUGAAGUCUAAGAAGUCGAAGUGAGCUGAGUUUUUUGUAUCAAUGUAGCACUAGUUAACUUGUGCACUUUUCUUUAUGCUUUUUGUUUUGCUUUUUGAAUUUUGGUGUUGCACAGGUUGUUUAUAAUUUUCAGGGAAGUUCGUUUCGUUUAUGUUCUGUACUUUAAUAUAUGCUUGAUGAUUUUAAAGUAGAACCAGCCCUCAUAACAUAGGUAGAAUAAGCUUUUGUAAGCGAGAAGGUAGAAUAAGCUUUAUUUACCAUCAAGUGUAACAGGGAUAUAACUAUAUUGCUUGUCUUAUCUCUCAUACUGUUUA